UUUUUUUUCAGAGCAUAAAAUCUUGGUCAGUACACCCGGGAAUGUAGUCACAGCCUCUCAUGAGAACAAUAAAGUUACAUUGGUGCUUUGUCUAUCAGGAGCGGCGGUGCUGAUAGCUUCACUCUUGCUUGUGGCCUUUCUUAUAUUAAUGAAACGUAGAAGAUGCCGGAAAAACCUAAAGGCACUCAAAUACGACAACAUGUUUACCACAUUGUCUCGACCUGUCUACUCUGUCGUCGGAACUCGGCGUCAACUUAGUGCACCGAACUCCCGGACGAGUUACAGCUCAUUCGAUGAAACUAAGGACAUUAAAGUGACCGAUUUAGAGCUAUCACAAUACCGAGAAAGUAAGUCGCGUCAAAAUAAAGACCAUCUUAAGAAAUACCCAAGCUUAGACGGCCAGAGCAACAAGCCGGCAUCAAAAGGAAUGAAAAGGUCGAAAUCCAUGGUUGCUAGGCUAUCAAUGGAAGAAGUUGAAAGGAAUGUCACCAUAUCUUUUUCACUCAAAUACUCACAGAAGUUACGGCAGUUGCGCCUUAAAUUGUUACGCAUGACCGAUUUGCCUCUCAAAUGCUACGGGUAUGACAUUUACGUCAUCGUGUAUCUGUUUCCGAGAAGUACAGACGGUGUACACAGUCGUAGUAUUGUCGGAGGGAAGGAACUAAUUCUAAACGAAACAUUCUUGUUUGACGACAUCAUCCUAGCGGAAGUUGAUAAGUCGACGCUCAGAUUGGUUCUUAUGUACAAAAAGAAGACGAGAUCGGGGAAAGAUGGUUUCCUUGGUGAAACGUAUAUGGAAUGCAGUGACGUUGACUGGAGUAGCGAGGCACCUUUACAAUUCGACUAUGAAUUAGAGAAAAAUAAAAUCAGAAAUGGUACACGGGAGAAAUAUUUAUUAGAGGACCUGGGUUCGUUAUUUGUUUGCCUAGAAUACCAAUCCGUGGCUAAUCGGAUGAAGGUGAUGAUCCGGAAAGCCAGUGACCUACCAAAGUCAGAUAAACUCAUUGGUAGACCAG